AUACAUUAUCCGUUAUCAGUAGCACGUUUUUGAACGCGAAAAUUUAAAGAUUUAAAUUUGAAGUUCGUAGUUCUUGUGUCAUGUCUAUUAUUUUUAUUAAGCGAUUCUUUCCAACAAAUCUGUAAUAUUAAUAAUAUAUUUAGCAUUUAACUAAAACUUCCUAUCUAUAAAAUUUAACUUUCGUACGCCGUGUAAACUUUGAUAAAAAUGGAUAAACCGAAUGUGUAUGAUUUUGGUAUUGACGAUGAUUCAGUUCCAUCAAUAGAAAAAUCCGUUGAAAUAUCUGAAGACGCUCUACCAACAGUGGUUCAACGAUACUUUGAAUCUCGUUAUGCCACCAACGUCAAUGACAAACCCAAUCAAGACUACAGUGUAUUAAUUCAUUCAAAUAAUCUAUGCAUUUUGUCAUUAGCAUCCAGUCAUGUUUUAAUGGGCAAAACCAUCGAAAAAAUAGAUUUCCAAGUAUCAGAGAAUACUCAUCGCCUCAGCAAUAUUAUGACAGGAAAAGGAAAACGAGGAGCUCAAAUUGUACAGGCAGGAUCUACUCUAUGCAAGGUUCAUUGUUCUGACGGCGAAGAGCACAAAAUACUUUCUGCCAUUCCAGGAAAAUUAGUAGAAAUGAAUAGCAAACUAGCCGAAACUCCAAAUAUCAUGUUAAAUAAACCAGAUGAUAUUGGAUUUAUAGCAAUAGUUUUACCACAAAAACAGAGGUUUGAAAAAAUCAGAGAUGGACUUUUGACUAAAGAACAAUACACACUAAAACAUUCUACAGUCUAAUAUAAAUUUAAAAAAAAAAAUUGUUUAUUUUUUUUUUUUUUACUAUUAAGUAGCUACUAUUAUUUUAUGAAAAAAUACAUUUCUUGAAUAUAUCAGCUA